CCCUUUCCGGCAGCGAUGGCGGCGGCGGGACUGGCGGGACUGGCGGGACUGGGCCCCGGCGAGGCCGCGGCGGCCGCUCAGGCGCUGGCGCUGCCCGCGGAGAGCUUCGGCAACGACCCCCGCGUGGAGCUGGCCUGGGCGGCGAGGGCUCACCAGCACGCCCAGGUCUACUUCAACCUCAUCUCCUCCGUGGACCCCAAAUUCCUGAGCCUGACCAAGGUGGACGAUCGGAUCUACGAGGAAUUCCGCAGAACCUUCCGGGACCUGCGCGUCGACGUCCUGGACCCCGAGGAGCUCAAAUCGGAGCCGGCCAAGGAGAAGUGGCGCCCGUUCUGUCUCAGCUUCCAGGACCUGGUGGAAGAUUUCAACUACGGGACCUUGCUCAGGCUGGACUCGCGCAGGGACUACAGCGAGGAAAACUCCAUUUUUGCCCCCAGGAUCCAAUUCUUCGCCAUCGAAAUCGCCCGGAACAGGGAGGGCUUCAACGACGACGUUUACAGCAGAAAAUCCCGAUGAGGAUUGGGAAUUUUUGGGGUUUUAUUUUUAUUUUUAUUUUUUUGGGGGGGGUGGGAAUUAUGGGAUGGGGCGAGGAAGGCAGGAACCCCCACCCCCACCAGGUUGGAUUUGAUGGGAGCAGCCCCAAAACCGUUCCCAGGGUUUUUUUGUUGUUGUUUUUUUUUUUUUUUUUUUUUUUUUUGGGAAAUUUGUGGAAUUUCGGGAUGGCCGGAGCUGCUCCAGCUCUAAAUAAAUGUUGGAAAAAAUCCCAAUGCUGGUUUUGGGGAUCGUCGGUGGGAAAAUCCCAAUCUGUGGUUUUUUUUUUUGG